AUGCCCUUGGUCUGCACGCUUCUGCCGAGUCUGGUGAGCCGUGUAUCUGCUCCCCCACCCCUUUAUAUGAGUAGUACACUAUCAGAACCAGGAGAGCCUCUAGGUGCACACAGCUGGAACCUGUUUCCAAGGAGCCAACAUUUGAACCCAUCUCCAGUUGGACGGAGACAGCCAGACUCUUACACCUCUACGGUGGUUAUGGAUCUACAGAGGACCCAUUCACUGCUUCUGCUCUUGCUGCUGACCCUGAUCGGGCUAGGGCUGGUGCAGCCCUCCUACGGCCAGGAUCGCAUGUACCAGCGGUUCCUGCGGCAGCACGUGGACCCCCAGGUGACAGGUGGCAAUGAUUAUUACUGCAACUUGAUGAUGCAGAGACGGAGGAUGACUAGUCCGAGGUGCAAGCCCUUCAACAGUUUCAUUCAUGAAGACAUCUGGAACAUUCGCAGUAUCUGCAGCACCAGCAACGUCGAGUGCAAGAAUGGUUUGAUGAACUGUCAUACAGGUGUUGUGAAGGUCACAGACUGCAGGGAGACAGGAAAUUCCAGGGCCCCUAACUGCAGAUAUCGGGCUAUGGCGAGGACCAGGCAAGUUGUCGUUGCCUGUGAGGGUAGCCCUGAGGUGCCUGUGCAUUUUGAUGCAUAGACCAUCCCAUAUUGUUUACACCAGUGGCUAGCCUCCAAUUUACACCUAGAUGGCAAUGAGUGACACCCUAGAAAAGUCACA